AUGACACAAGUCGCACAGCACGUCACCAGCCGGUACCUCAAGAAGGCGAGCCUCCAACAGCUCCUUGAGAAGAUCUUUCCGGGGCACACCAACUUUGAGAUUGAGAUGAGAGAUGAUAUAUGGCAUUUCAAAGCCCCGAAACAAGUUAAUACCGACGAGAUAGACGCCGUGCGAGAUGAGUGA